AUGCUUCCGGAAAACUCAUUGCAUCCUUAUUAUCCCACUGAUGCCCCAAUCACCGGGUACGCUCCCAAUGAAUUCUCACUCCUCAAGCUCCUCCUGACUGCCAGCAUUGGCACCACGGCUUUACUGAGCACAAUAUUCAUCCUGGUAACCGUGCUUCGUCCGAAGUUGAGCAAAGCGGAUCGAGUUGCCAUUUUGUGGUUUUUCCUAUCGGGAACCAUGCAUUGCAUGUUUGAAGGAUAUUUUAUGUUAAAUCACAAUCGCAUGGCUUCUGCUCAAGACUUCUUUGGGCAAUUGUGGAAAGAGUACGCUUUAUCCGAUUCGAGAUACAUGACAGCGGACACUAUGGUCCUGUGCAUGGAGACUAUCACCGUGCUCGUUUGGGGACCUUUAUGUCUUCUGGUCGCAUUUUCAAUUUUCAUUCGGAGUUCUCUCCGCCAUCCGCUGCAACUGACCGUCUGCCUAAGCCAUCUUUACGGCGAUUCGUUGUACUAUGCGACCAGCUUGUAUGAUCAUUAUGUUCACGAACGCCCGUACUGCCGACCGGAGCCUUUCUACUUCUGGGUGUACUAUUUCUUCAUGAACUUUAUCUGGAUCGUAGUCCCACUCUAUUACUUUGUGCAGAGCGUGAGGGCCGUCCAAAACGCAUUUGACCGCUUGGCAGCGACAUCUGCCGACCGCAAGACACAGUGA